AGCGCAAUAUCGGAACGCACCCACAAACAUGAGCCUUAUCAAGAAUGAGAGGAAAUGGGGUGUAUAGAUGCUCCUGGAUGCUGCUCACUCACUCCCCUACUGCUCAGGAAUAGUAAAUAGUUGUUAGUCUAGCACAGUGAGCACAGUAACUGUUUUAAGAUGAAGGUGACAGCGGUAGUGCUGAUGGUGAUGGUGACGAUGGUGAACGGAAGAAACGUUCUGAUGAUGGUGGCAGACGAUGGUGGCUUGGAAAUGAAGGUGUAUGGGAACUCUGUGAUUGAGAUGCCUCACCUGGAUGCUCUGGCCGGCCAGAGUGUGGUGUUCACGCGGGCCUUCACCUCCGUCAGCAGCUGCUCGCCCUCGCGCUCCGCCAUCUUGACGGGCUUGCCCACCCACCAGAAUGGAAUGUACGGCCUCCACCAGGGCUACCAUCACUUCAGCUCUUUCGACGGCGUGCGCAGCCUGCCGGAGAUCCUAUCGGGGUCGGGCGUACGCACUGGCAUCAUCGGGAAGAAGCAUGUUGGUCCAGAAGCUGUUUAUCCAUUUGAGUUCGCGCACACGGAGGAGACGGAGUCUAUCCUGCAGGUCGGGCGGAAUAUAACCCACAUGCGGCAGCUGGCGCGGCAGUUCCUCCAGGCCAACGACACGCGUCCUUUCUUCCUGUACGUGGGCUUCCACGACCCUCACAGGUGCGGCCACACGCACCCAGAGUACGGACAGUUCUGUGAAAAGUUUGGCAACGGCGCGCCUGGCAUGGGUGUCAUCCCGGACUGGCACCCCACGCACUACACCCCAGAGCGGGUGACUGUGCCUUAUUUCGUGCAGGAUACACCCGCUGCCAGGGACGACCUUGUUGCACAGUACACCACGCUCUCCCGCCUCGACCAGGGCGUGGGACUCCUGCUGGAGGAGCUGGCUACAGCUGGCCAGCUCAACGACACUCUGGUUAUCUACACUUCAGACAACGGUAUACCUUUCCCCGCCGGCAGGACCAACCUGUACGACCCCGGGCUGGUGGAGCCCCUGCUGGUGUCGUCGCCGCUACACCCAGCCUCCCGGGGUCGUACCUCCAGCAGCCUCGCGUCUCUCCUCGACCUCACGCCUACCGUCCUCGACUGGCUGCGGGUUCCCUACCCUCACUACUACAUCCUCAGGAAGGACCAGCCAGCGAUGCUCACCGGACGAUCCCUGCUCCCGUAUCUUGACUUCGCCGGGCGGGGCGUGUCCCAGCAGAAGGUGGGCGUGCCCAAGCAGAAGGUGGGCGUGCCCAAGCAGAAGGUGGGCGUGCCCCAGCAGGUGGGCGUGCCCCAGCAGGUGGGCGUGUCCCAGCAGAAGAUAGGCGUGUGGCAGCCCAACGUGGGCGUGGCAAUAUCCGAGCCGGCAGUGUUCGCCAGCCACGACCUGCACGAAGUGACGAUGUAUUACCCGAUGCGCGCCCUCCGCACGCCCUCCUUCAAGCUGAUCCACAACCUUAACUACAGGAUGCCCUUCCCCAUCGACCAGGACUUCUACCUGUCGCCGGUCUUCCAGGACAUCCUCAAUCGGACUCGGGAGUCGUUGCCGCUGCCCUGGUACACGACCCUGCGCCACUACUACUACCGCGACCAGUGGGAGCUCUACGACCUGAAGGCGGACCCGGAGGAGCGCUACAAUGUAGCGGGGAAGGGGCGCUACCAGGGGGUGCUAGCGGCGCUCCAGGAACGACUGCGGGCCUGGCAGAACGCCACCUACGACCCCUGGCUGUGUGGCCCCUCAGCCGUACUUCAGGACUCCGGCCCUUACGCCACACACCACGCCUGCCUCCCUCUCUAUAACGACCUCUGACGAUCUUAUCCACGAAGCGUUUAUCCCUCUCUAUAACGGCCACUAGCGACCUCUUCUUCCCCCCUCUACGACUCCACGAAGACUGUUUCUUUCAGUAACAACGUCGAACUAGCUCCUUUAUUCCCCUUCACGACUACAAGCAGCCUAGGUGUCGUUUCACAACGACAUUAGACAAUCUCUGGACCCUGUCGGCUCCUCCAAGAUGACCUCAUAUUCACACCAACGACCUCUCAUCACCAUGAUUGUUAUACGAUUGCCUUGACAACGUCCGCCAUACCCUACACAACGACCACUGGCAGAGUGUGAGCCACCUUACGACCCCACCAACUAGCCUGCCCUUACAGUUUGCUCCAUUUUAAUUCCUAUUCACGACCCAACCCCGACUUAUAUAUAGUGUUACCAUGUGGAGACCGACCCGAAACAAGUAGGUGUGUGGUUAACGACCCUAGCCAAGUCAGUGUGUGGUUAACGACCCUAGCCAAGUCAGUGUGUGGUUAACGACCCUAGCCAAGUCAGUGUGUGUGGUUAACGACCAUAGAGAAGUCGGCGUGCGUUUAACGACUCUAGAUAAGGUGUCAGGUAGUGAAGGCCACUGCACUGAACGACCCCACACCGUGUUGCUAAGCCUUGGACGUUUAGUUCAUUUAUUAUGCACCCCAUACCCAUCUUGGUAGUGGAAAGGGUUACAGAGGCACAUAAUGGGCUCAGGGACUGAACCCCACAAUUCAUUUAGCUAAGCAAGUUACAAUCUUGAUGAG